CCUCUACCAUUCAUGGAGACGGGCGUCGUCAAGACAGGUAGUAGUAGUCAGUCCCAACCAUUUUGAAGCUGAAGCUGAAGCUCCAAAGCUCCGAAGCGAUGAAGAGAUCCUCGCGUAGCUCUCGACACUCACAAGGCCUUCAACUUUCGGCUUCAGUCCAUUCCGAGUGUUGAACGUAAUCGGAGCUCAAACAGUGUCGAAUGUGGUCAUGACCAUGUCAGUUGGCGAGAAAAUGGACGAAGCCGAGAUAAGUCCAACCAGUUUGCCCGACAAGUGUCAAUCCUUGCGAUUGAAAUCCAUCCGUAAACGAAUCGAAACCGAGAAGAACAAGCAUCUGCCUCGACAGCGAAAGCCUCGGGAAAGGCCGGCGCCAUUGAGCAAGUAUCGCAGGAAGACCGCCAAUGCGCGAGAACGGCAACGGAUGCAGGAAGUGAACUUGGCCUUUGACCGGCUCAAAGAGAGCAUUCCUCACCACAAGCUCAAUCAAAUUGACGAGAAAAAAGACACCAAGAUUACCACCCUGCGGUGUGCCAUAACGUACAUUAACUCCCUGUCGGAGCUGCUCCAGGAUUUGGGGAGUGGUAAGGCCGUCAGUCCGGAAUACUAUUUUACCGACGCCCAAUUGGGUCUGGACCCUGAUCGAGGGAGUCAGGAAAAGUCCACGGGGUCAAAGGGAAAGCGCGGAAAAGGCAAGAAGAAGCAGCAGCAGCAGCAAAGAGGUAAAAAGACCGAAUCGAACAAGAACAAACGGACCUCAGUCAAGCGGAGUGCUAAUGGCCGUGUGAACAAGCCCUUGAGUAUGGCCACUCCGAGGGUGAAAAAGUGCGCCGUCAUUCCCCCCGGGAUUCUCACCAAAGCCCAAUUGAAUGGGAUCCCCUCUUCAUCCUCUUGUCUAUCUUCCUUAUCGCUCUCAACCACGAUGACAACCGUUGUCCCAGCCAACACCACAACAACACCCGCCACGACAGGUCCACCGCUCUCCAGUCAUCUCAUUCAGUUGCCUCAAGUGCCCUUGGCCCCGUCGCAGUUUCUCAACAUGUCCAGUUCGGCGGGAUUACUCACCACAUCCACGUUAAGCCCCUCAAUCCCCAGUAAUCUCCUAUCCAAAGUGACUAUGAUGGGUCCAAGCUCGGCCACGUCCCGUGGAGGCAUCUUGACCACAUCAGCUCCGUGUUCGGUCGCCGUUCCGGGAUCAAUCUCACCCGUGUUCAAUCCAAGUCCGGGGGGAACAUUGUCGCCGGUGUCUAGCUUUUCGUCCCCAUCGCCGACUUCGGGACGACUCUCGUCUUCAUCGCCGUUGUCCACGACGUCCUCAACCUCCUUAUACCCCAUGGUCAAUGACAUUGAUGCUCUGAUCAAGUUGCAUCCCGGCUCCGGGGGCCAUUCCCAUUGGGAGUGGAAGGACACGGUGAUCGAAGAGAUCUCGGACCUCACUCCGUUGACAGGGGUGGAUUGCUUCGUGAGUAGUGUGAACCUCUGUCCCAAUGACUACGGUCCGGUCAAUCUGCAAGAUCUUCUCGGAUCCCUGGAGGUUGUCUCACCCAACAACUCCAUCUAUCCAGGGUCACAUCACUCGGACGUGAUGCUGAAGUAACCACGAUUCGUUCAGAAGCCCCCGAACAGAAGUGAAAACAUCUGUUCCCGAGAGCGUGCGUGUGUGUGUGUGAUAUCUUACUUUUUCUUGUAGACGACGUCUUCUUUUUCUGCCUCACUCUCCUUGGUCAAGUGGUUGCCUUUUCAGGAACACAUUGGCGGGCCAAGCAAAAGUAGUGGGCCUAUCACAGACUAAAUCUCAUAUUUCAAAUUCCUCGCAUACUCCGCUCCAUGUCAUGGCGUGUUAAAUUGGAAGUGGGCAGAGCCCACGAAGGCCUCAUCUCCUAAUGGAAGAAGCUCACUUAAAUAAAAGCAUUUCCUCACGUUGGUUGAUUCUCCCCUUGCCCCAUCCCCCUCCUCCUCCUCCUCCUCCUCCUUCUCCUCCCAUCCCGUUUCUCCUUCGAGUAGGUACACCUCUAAGUGCUCUGAGCAUUGACCAAGGUGUGAUCCUAAUCAGACUUUCGACCUGUUACUCCCAGUUAUCUUAAUCCGAUCAAAUUAAAAGCAAUGUUGUGUUGCAUGAUGUUCUCAUGCCUGCCUUGAUCAUCUGGGAAAAUCCUUGACCAACCAACCAAUGGUCUAAUGAGAAUGAACCGAACUUUUCCUGACACCCACUCAGCCCCAGUCUCACGCACGCUACCACCGAUCAGAAGAAAAUAUCCAGAGAAUCAAUCUGAAUGGGUUGAAUAAAAAAAACAUUAAAAAAACGAGACCAGAAGAAGAACCAUUUCAUUUUUUGUGAGUUUUUCAUUCGGCCCUCGAGCAUCCACCGUUCUAUCUAGUUCUGUACGAACGUUCAUUCUCAAUCCACCUCCUACCUACUCUUCCGUCUGUACUGAAAUGUGGUGCUGCUCUUAUACUCCAACAUGGACUUCCUAGACAACGUGCUCCUGCCAUAACAUCAUCUUCAAAACACCUGCAUCGAGUUUCUUUCAAUGUGGAAUACAAAAGAUCCCUGCGGUUGCAGAAGAAUAGAGCUCAAACACAUAACUUAUUCUCCGCUUGAUAGUUUAAGAGCAUCAUGGCAGCAACUGAAGGUGAAUCACUCCCUUCUUGAUAAGAAAGCGGGCAGAGCAUGCAUUUUAAGCAUAACAGAGGAUUCAAAGACCUUACUCAACCAUAGAGUGGAUAGAAAUGGGUCUGACAAGAUGGGUAAUGAAUGCAUCGAUCAGUUUGGUGGUAUAAACUUAUUGCACGAUAUGAUGGUUUUAUUCGUUAAGAGAGUCAAAGAGAGUGAUAGAUUUAUUUGUUAAGAAACAUUGGGAACUCUUAUUUCUUGAAAGCGAUUAUCAUGUGCUGGGUU